UCCAAACUCCACAACAGAACUUGCCGGUGUUGUUUUAAUUGAGUGACUUCCAAACAGAAGCAUGGAGAACAAAGCAGCCGUUGUUACGGGUUCCACCAGUGGUAUAGGGUUAGGAAUAGCUCAUCAUCUUGCAGCAAAAGGAUGUCAUAUAGUUUUGACUGGGCUUGGAGAACAAGGAAUUAUCGAUAAUCUCGUAAAGGAAUUCAAAGAGCAAUAUGCAACAAUCAAAGUAAAUUAUGUACCAUGUGAUUUACUUAAACCUGAAGAGAUAUCAGAAUUUUGUAAAGCUGUGAAAAACUUAUAUCCUGACGGAAUUGAUAUUCUGGUUAAUAAUGCUGGUAUACAGUAUACUGCUCCUAUAGAAGAUUAUCCGAAAGAUAAAUGGGACAUGAUGAUAGGGAUAACGAUGACGGCACCAUUUCUUUUAAUUAAAGAAUUUGUUGCUGAUAUGAAGCGGAAAGGCUGGGGAAGGAUCAUCAAUAUGUCUUCACAGAUGGGUGUAAUAAGUUCACCUGAAAAGGCGCCUUAUAGUGCAGCAAAAGCUGGUCUUAUUGGAAUGACAAAGGGUGUGGCAUUAGAGGCAGCACCACAUGGAGUGACCUGUAAUGCCAUAUGUCCCGGAUAUGCCGAUGCCCCAAUUUUCCAUAAUCAGAUAAGAUCAUAUGCACAACAGCAUAACCUUAGCUAUGAUGAAGCAAUGACUGAAAUAUUCAAAACAGCUCAUCCGACCCAGAAACCAGUAACCAUAGAGCAGAUUGCAGAACUAGCUGUAUUUUUGUGUUCUUCUGGUGCUGACAGUAUUACUGGUGCUUCACUUUUAAUGGAUGGAGGAAAUACAAUCCGAUAGAACCUCAAAAAAAAACAUAACAAAAACAGGAAUUAGACUUGUACAUUAUUUAUGUUUUCAAAAUAUCAAAUAUCCAUCACAAAAGACGAGUUCAUACAACUAUGUGAUUCAUUUGACAAUCAUCAAUACAAUGAUGUUGAAAAACAAUAAUAGCAAUGUCAAAUGUAUUCUUCUAUAUUUUCGAAAUAAGAAUUUUGAAUGAAAUUGAUAUCUUUAACAAACAACAGCCCACCUAACUAAAUUGCAUUGACCUUCAUAGCAUGCAUCUUUUUAAUUACAAACAUACAAAUAUAUAAUGUUUCAAAGAAAAAUAUACAAGAUGGUUUUCAUUUAAUUGUACUUAAGUACCAGCUUUUAGUCCAAUUUUCAAGCCAACAUGAAUGUGCUCCAAUAAGCAACAUUGAAAAUAAGAAAAGUAAACAUGAAGAGAACCAUGCAUAUUUUAUCCAUUCUGUAUG